AAACGUUUUGGCAAGUGCAUCUGCUGACAGCACUGUCAUUCUGUGGGAUAUGUCCCUGGGUAAACCAGUGGCAAACCUGGCAUUGCACACAGACAAGGUCCAGACUUUGCAGUUUCAUCCAUUUGAAACACAGACCCUUAUUUCUGGAUCUUAUGAUAAAUCUGCUGUUUUGUACGACUGCAGAAGUCCACAGGAUAGCCAUCGAAUCUGGCGGUUUAGCGGGCAGGUUGAGAGAGUAACAUGGAAUCACUUUUCACCCUGCAAUUUCUUAGCUAGCACGGAAGAUGGCUUUGUGUACUGUUUAGAUGCUCGUGCUGAUAAGCCAGUUUUUACUUUGAAGGCCCAUAAUGAAGAAAUAUCAGGGCUACAGUUAAGCAGUCAGAUCAAAGGGUGCCUUGUGACAUCAUCUGCUGAUAAAUACGUGAAAAUUUGGGAUAUACUUGGAGACAAACCCAGUCUGGUCCAUUCCAGGGAUAUGAAAAUGGGCAUCCUCUUUUGUGCAGCUUCUUGUCCAGAUCUGCCAUUUGUCUUUGCUUUCGGAGGGGAGAGAGAAGGGCUACGAGUGUGGGAUAUCAGCAGCAUCUCAGCAGUGAAUGAAGCGUUUGGAAACAGAGAGAGGCUCGUAGUUGCCAGUGCCAGCUCUGCAGCUAGCAGCUCCCUUGCCAGCAGUAGCAGCAAAAGUUCAGAAGCAGCAAUGGAAUCAUGACCAAUGGAGCCUCCCAAAUAUACUAUGCAAGUGAAAGCAAUAAACCAGGGUGUACAUAGGGACUACAAUGAAAUAUCUGCUCUGCACAAAGCUCGAUUCAUUUCCGUAAAUGUUUCCCAAAAGAGUGGAUGCAAUCCGCAGCGCUUUCUCAUGAGAGGAAAGAAUUGCCUUGUGGCUCAAAUAGGAGGCAGUCAAGAGGUUCUGCUUUUCUGCCUUUCCCAUGGACAGUGAAGGGUUAAGUCACUAACUCAUGAGGUUGCCCAUCCCUAAAAUAGUGGAGAUUUGCAUCCCAGACAUGCAAACUUUUAUUUGUAAAGUGGUAUCUCUAGCACAAAAGCAUGGUGCUCCUCUAGGGGGUACAUGGAAGUAUUGCCUUGAAGAAAGAAAUCUCUUAACUGCAUAAUGAAAAUGCUCCUUCUGAAUCGUGGGUCUUAAGAAAGGUUUUCAGAGUUCACUAAGCAGAUGUGAAAUCUCUUAAUGUUUCUCACUUGGGGGAUUUUCAUCCCCAGGUGGGGCAACUCCAGGCAGUAAAAGGGGUUGUGAAGCUUUGAAUAUUUUCCUGUAGUGUAAAACAGGAAAUUCUGCAUUGGUGCUCUUCACACGGUUUCCCCUUUCAGAUUGUGGAAGUCACAGAUGGCAGAGAUACACCAGUUUGAACUGUAAUGCUUGUACCGAGGCAGUCAUGGAAAUUUUUGAUCAUUGAAGAAUAGGUCACCACCCUGGAAGGUUGAGAGAUGCCCCCUGAGGGCAUUGGCAAAUAUACUGCCUAGUUGCUUUAAAAGGGGAGGGAAAGGUACUGUUCAGGAGUGUGCAUCAGCUGGUACAGCUCUCACAUCUGUAUGAUCCUUUAUUGAUGCAAGUGAAUUAAAUUGGCCCAAAUUUGACCCUGAAGGAAGCAGGGUUAAAGCUGCAGCGGUUUUGCUACACUUGCAUCACCACAGAAUCAUAAAGAUAUAAUUGUUGCAUCACAGCAGCUUAUGCUAUUAUCGUGUGGCAUUGAUACAGUUCUUACAUCUGUCUGUGCCCCUGUAAUGUGAAACAGUGCAGGGAUGAGCUUUUUACCCCACAGCCAUCACAGAAAGUUAUGGAGAUCCUCUUUUAAUGCAGUCUUUAUGCCACUUGCUUAGGUGCAUAAAAACAUAAUACAUCUUUCCUCAGUUAGGGGGAAUAGAAGAGUUUAUAAACAUUUUCUGCCUGGUGUGACUUGGAGAAGCAGGACUCAGUGAUCUGAAUGCCAUAUAAACUGUAGCUUGCUUGGACUGUUUAAUAAGUUUUAAAGCAACAGUCUGGCUUCAUUGUGUCUUUCUUUUUUGGUUGCUCCGUUCUUAUUUUAAAGAGACUCUACCUAUCUUUGUGCUGGCUAUAACUAGUGGGAGACUUCCACUUCAAAAGUAGAUAGAAAUCGGGAACUUGCUCCAUUGCCUUUGACCUGACAUGGCUUAGAUCUUUCCCUUGACCACAGAAGGGUGGGGCCAAUGAGUUGUUCCAAGUGACUAUAAUGUGACAGGGGUGCUGGAGAAGUGCCUGGAAGUGCCUAACCUGUGGCCUUGCAGCCAGUGUGCUGUCAGGCAGUCAGCGAGGUUUUUUAAAUCCCCAUCUGUGGUCCUGGCCCUUGCCAGUAUAUUUGUUUUAUUUGGUGACUAUUUAAUGCAAAAUGAAGAGACCUCAUUGGAAGAAAGGCCAAAAGACAGGAUUUCCUCCGUGUGAGCACAGUGCUUAUUUCGCUAGGGUAUAGUGCUCCUCACCCCCACAGCAGCCAGAAUGAUGGGUCAGGCACAGAUAACACCUGGAAUGGUUAAACAUGGUUUAAACCAGAUGUGCACGGCCUUACAAACCUGUUAAAUCAGUUCAACUCUGCCUGGAAUGGUUCAAAGACCUGGAAAAUCAAGUAUGACUUGGAAACCUGUUCACUGUUUUGGGUAGACACCAAGCAUCCUGUGACACUGGUCUGAUCAGCCCUCCAGACAGCCCACAUUGCACUGCUGCUUGCUUCCCACCAGAAACACACCCCUGCACACACUGCUGCUGCAAGUGGCUGCUAUGGUACAUAUCCAGAACUCUACUACUUGCUUUUUUUCCAUUUUGUUGGAACUUUUUAACACUGAGCUCCCUUGCACUGUUUGUUCAAUAAAAGGUUUUUAACAGCAGCCCUGUCUUCACUCCCUACUUGACCACAACCCCUCCCUAUACCCUGCCCAACUCUGGCCCCCUUCUGCCACCUCCUGCUACUCUGUGCUCCACCUUGUUUUCAUGUCUCCAAGCAUAGGGCUGCAGGUACUUACUUCUGCCACCUGCGCUGCUGAUGGGGAUUAGCCUAGGUCCUCAGGUAUGUAGCUGCUCUGGUGCUCACAGGGGACAUUCUGCCCCCCCCCCAGAUCCAUUCCUGGCAUCAUCACUGCCAGGUGCAUGGGAUGACCAUGUCAGGGAGAGGGUUAG